AUGACUUUGGUGGUCCCGGUCGUGGCGACGGUCCUCCCGGCGGGUGUGGCGUUGGUGUUCGAGCUUGCGGCGGAGGUCGGCGGAGUCCUCUUGAUUGAGGCGCCGCUUCUCAUCCCUGAGCUCUUAGCGUUGCCGAUCCAGUCGGCGAAUCUCAUCGUCGAUGCAGCUCUGAAUCGCAAACCACCACGGCCUCCGCCGCCGCCAUCUCCACCACCGCCACCACCACGGCCUCCGCCGCCCUCAUCUCCGCCACCACCAAGGCCUCCGCCGCGGCGGUCCCCCCAUUCGGUGACCAUCGCGCGCACAACUAUCCUUCCCACCGUUCGGCUCCUACUGCGCGGGCGCAUGGUUUCCUCGGCCUCCACGGCGUCUCUCCUCCUCCCCCUCCCCUCCUGCUCCUCCUCCGAGGAAUCCGACGACGGAAAGCCCCUCCCGCCUCUGACUGCGCAGGAAGCGAGCUCCCCGCCUCCGUCGCAGCUGAAGCGGCGGCGGCGGCUGGAGCGCGACUACAACGUGGCCAUGAAAGCACUGGCGCUCUCGGGCGACGUGGACGAGGUGCUCGCCGUCUUCGCUGAGCUCAGGCGGUCCCUUGCCGACGCUGGUGAUGGCGGCGCGGCGCCGAACGUGCUCUGCUAUAACACGUUAGUCAACGCGCUCGCGGAGGCCGGGCGCACGGAAGAGGCCCUCAGGGCGCUCGACGAAAUGCUCGCGUCGGGUGUAGCGCCCAACGCGUCAUCACACAACAUCCUGAUCAAGAUGCACGCAAGACGGUCGGAGUUCGACCUUGCUUGGGAGCUUAUCCACAAGAGUGAGAUGGAGCCGGACGCUGCUACGUACUCGACGCUCAUAGCGGGCCUGUGCCGGGUAGGUAAGGUUGCUGAGGCGUGGGGUGUGCUUGACUGGAUGCUGGAGAAGAACUGCCUCCCGAUGGUGCACACUUACACGCCCAUAGUACAAGCAUAUUGCCGCGAGGGCCGCAUCGAGGAGGCCAAGCUGCUGAUGGUCGAGAUGGAACGUCUUGGCUGCCUUCCUAAUGUCGUCACAUACAAUGUUCUGAUCAGGGCCUUGUGUGAUAGUGGCAGAUUUGAUGAAGUUGAGCAGAUUUUAGUUGACAGUAGAACCAAAGAUUGGAAUCCCAGUACGGUCACGUACAACAUUUAUAUGAAUGGCCUCUGCAAGAAAGGUAAGACUAAGGAAGCACUUGAGCAGUUGGAUGUUAUGUUAGGUGAAGGAAUGGAUCCCACAGCUUAUACUUUGAGUAUUCUUCUGAAUUGCCUUUGCCAUGACUCCAGACUUUUGGAUGCCAUAUACUUGCUAGAGAGGAGCACAGAGUUGAAAUGGCAUGCUGGUGUCGUAGCAUACAACACUGUAAUGAGCAGGUUGUGUGAGAUGGGAAAAUGGAUGAGUAUUCUGAAGCUCUUGACAGAUAUGAUCAAGAAAGGUAUUGAGCCAAACACAAGGACAUUCAACAUUUUGAUUCAUAGUCUUUGCGUUGUGGGGAAGUUCUCCUUAGCCAAGAGCUUGAUCCAGAGUGAAGGAUUUGCCGCAGAUGUCGUGACGUACAAUACACUUCUUCAUUGGUCUUACCACUGUGGAAAGUUAACUGGAGCGAAUCGCUUAAUUUCAGCAAUGGAAGAAAAGAAUAUUGCUCUAGAUGAAGUAACCUAUACUAUAAUAAUUGAUGGAUUAUGCAGAGAAGGAAAAUUUGAUGCAGCUACUGGUUAUUUUCUUAAGUCACUUAAAAUUGGACUAUCAAUGGAUGUUCUUACUGUCCUGCUCAACAGGCUUGCUUGUGCUGAUAGAAUAUGGGAGAUCCAUCGCAUAUUCGAUGAAAAAGAUUUCAUCCCAGACCAUCUUGUUUUUAACCUUACAAUUAGAACAUUAUGUAGGGCUAGUUACUGCCACUAUCGAGAUUUUUAUAAAUUAAACCUUAUUCUGGAUAAGAUGUUGGAAAGGAAGUAAACUGAAGCCUUGUGGAUCAAGGAAACAUAUCCGUGACUGCAGGCAAGAUAAGAACUGAACUGGAUUUCCAUUGUUGUCAGAGUAGUGCAAUACUCUUUGUUCAGCAUGCCAGGCGAGAAGCAUUUUCACUGGCUUUUCAUUUAAGCUGGCUUAAAAAUGCGAAGGCUGAGCACAUACUAUUGGUAAAAUUAGAACUAUUGGUUUGUUCUGGGUAGAAAAAAAGAGAAUCAAAAUCCAUUGAAGCAUAUGUAAAAGUCCUGUGAAGGAAGGAGUUUGUUAAAAGGCUAUAAGGCUGGUGUGGCCUGUCGGUUUUCAUUUGGGGUGCCCUUCUGUCUUUAUGCUGCAUAUCAUUUACGUUGGAGUUCACUUUGUGCACAAAUCACUGGAAUGCCAGACUGUGGUCCUCUUAUGGAAAUUUGCAGUAAGUUCUCUCUUGCUGCAUUACUCCUUUUCCCUCGGUCUCCAUUUUACCAACCAGUGCAGCCUGCCUUUGCCUCACCGCGUCCCUGGCGGUGCACUGGUGCAUAUGAGUGGCGCUGGGGCGGAGGCACCUAUUCUGCCGGUGAGGAGGAAUAGGAUGAGGAGGAUGAGGGGAGGAAGAGGUUGACGACAGAUCUGAGAAGAUAGACCCAGAGAAUACACUGGUUUAGCAUUGUACUCCCUGUCCCAUAAUAAAACAAACCCUUCCAUCCUGAGGAGAAUUUACUGGUGAGGGUAAAAGGCCAAAACAGCUCAUUAAAUUCUCCUCACAAGAGACCUGUAUGACAACAAGCUACAAUGAACAAUACGAUAUGCUCUCUUCCUGCUUUAGCAUAGAUGUCAUUGAUCUCUCAAACAUCUCCCUUGUUGGUGAGAUCCCAUCAAGCUUGAGCAAAUGCUCCAAUCAAGAAGCAUUUUCCUUGCAUGACAACAAGCUACAGGAAACAACCUGAGAAGUGUUAAGACAACAGCCUCACGGAGACGUUCUACCUCUACAGGCAAAUAGUUUAUCACUCAGUGGCGAGAUCCAUUAGUGCUUUACUUGAAACAAGCAUCUCAGUGGUGAGAUCUGUUUUCCUCUCUUCAGUUCAUCACUUGUGCUCUUAGGCCUUAGUUUAUAACUUUGUUGGGUAUAUCCCGGAAAUCUCAAAUGGAUCCUCACCAUUGGCAUGUCUCAUCCAAACCAAAAUAAUCUCUCAGGGACCAUGCGUUACUCGGUAGCGAACUUUUCCACGCUCCGAUGGCUUGUAUUUACACAAAACAACUUUGAAGUACCCAUUCCAUUGAGUACAGACAGAAUUCCAAAUUUGCAACCAAUAGACUUAUUAAUAACUUGUCUAUGACAGUUAACACUUUGUUCAACAUGUCAGAUCUUAUUCAACAUGUCAGAUCUUGCAGUCAUAUGUGCAUGUUUAUUUUUUGAAAAAGGCGAGGCAAGAGUAUCCUCUUAAUAUAAGAACACAUAAAGC